GCUGAUAAAAUAGUUCCGUGCAGAGGAGGAAGGCCGAAUGUACUUAUUUAUUCCUGGAAUCACUGUGGGUAGAUGUGCAUCUUUCAUCUCUUAAAGAUUUACAGACCCUAGCUGGACAGAGGUUCCAACACUGAAGAACCUCUCCAGAAUCCAGGUUGCUGAAUCUUCCUGCUACCUAGAGAGGUCCCAAAGCACCUCUUGACAAUGAGAAACUGGGUGGUUAACCACUGGCUCUCAUUUUUUGUUCUGGCUACUUGGUUGGGGCUGAAUGUAUUCUUGUUUGUGCAUGCCUUCCUGUCAUAUGAGAAGGACGACAAGUACUACUACACAAGAGAAAUCCUGGGAUCGGCGUUGGCCUGGGCCCGAGCCUCUGCUCGUUGCCUGAAUUUUAACAGCAUGCUGGUCCUGCUUCCCAUGUGUCGAAAUCUGCUGUCCUUCCUGAAGGGGACUUGUUCAUUCCGCAAGUGCAGCCUCAGAAAGCACCUGGAUCACAACCUCACCUUCCAUAAGCUGGUGGCAUAUAUGAUCUGCCUACACACAGCUAUUCACAUCAUUGCACACCUGUUUAACUUUGAACGGUACAGCAGGAGCCGACAGGCCCCAGAUGGAUCCCUUGCUUCUGUUCUCUCCAACCUAUCUCAAGAGGAAGGGGGCGUUUAUUGGCUAAAUCCCAUCCAGUCCCCAAACAUGACAGUGAUAGAUGUGACAUUCACCAGCAUUCCUGGUCUCACUGGAGUGAUCAUCACGGUAGCUCUGGUUCUCAUAGUGACUUCAGCUACGGAGUUUAUACGGAGGAGUUAUUUUGAGGUCUUCUGGUAUACACACCACCUUUUUGUUAUUUACUUCAUCGGCUUAGGGAUUCACGGCAUUGGUGGAAUUGUUCGGGGUCAAACAGAAGAGAGCAUGAAGGAGAAUCAUCCUCACAGGUGUGCAGAGUCUUUUGAGAAGUGGGAUGAUCAUAACUCUCACUGCAAGCCUCCCCAGUUUGAAGGGCACCCCGCUGAGUCUUGGAAGUGGAUCCUUGCACCAGUUGUUCUUUAUAUCUUUGAAAGGAUCCUCCGAUUUUAUCGCUCCCAGCAGCAGGUUGUGAUUACUAAGGUUGUCAUGCACCCAUCCAAAGUUUUGGAAUUGCAGAUGAACAAACGUGGCUUCAGCAUGGAAGUGGGACAGUAUAUUUUUGUGAAUUGCCCCUCAAUCUCUUACCUGGAGUGGCAUCCCUUUACUCUGACCUCAGCUCCAGAGGAAGACUUCUUCUCCAUUCACAUCCGAGCUGUGGGGGACUGGACAGAAAAUCUCCUAAAGGCUUUUGAACAACAGCAUUCACCAGUUCCCAGGAUUCGGGUGGAUGGUCCCUUUGGCACUGUCAGUGAGGAUGUUUUCCAUUAUGAAGUGGCUGUGUUGGUCGGAGCAGGAAUUGGGGUCACCCCCUUUGCUUCCAUUUUGAAGUCCAUCUGGUACAAAUUCCGGCAUGCAGAUCACAGUCUCAAAACACAAACGAUCUAUUUCUACUGGAUCUGCAGGGAGACAGGUGCCUUUGCCUGGUUCAAUGACCUAUUGGGUUCCUUGGAACAGGAGAUGGAGGACUUAGGCAAAGUGGGUUUUCUAAACUACCGUCUCUUCCUCACCGGAUGGGAUAGCAACAUCGCUGGUCAUGCAGCAUUAAACUUUGACAAAGCCACGGACAUCCUGACAGGCCUGAAACACAAAACCUUCUUUGGGAGACCUAUGUGGGACAAUGAGUUUUGUACAAUAGCUACCACUCAUCCCAAGUCUGCGGUGGGAGUCUUCUUGUGUGGUCCUCAGGCUUUGGCAAAGAGCCUUCGCAAAUGCUGUCACCAAUACUCCAGUUUGGAUCCUAGGAAGGUUCAAUUCUUCUUCAACAAAGAAAAUUUCUGACUUACAGGAAUAAGGAUGCUCAUCUGCAUUUAGUCUCUCCUUUGUAUCGUCAACAACUGACUUGGCCUGGUCAGGUUUGGGCAGGCACUUAAGGACACCAUCUCUUGUAAGCCUUG